AAUAUUGCUUUGUUAGACAGGUUUAAUUGAGAACACUUGGAGGCUGCUAUGAAUGGAGACAAAGCAUUGAGAAGCCAGUGUCAAGAGAGAUCUCCCUGACUGAAAUCAACACAGGAUUAUAAAGUCACAGGAAAUUAAAGUCUGGUGUCAGGGAUGUAUAGACUGGAAUUACAAAAAUCUGUCACAGUGUCUGGGGUUAGUCGGUGUAAACACAUUACCCACGUGUUAACAGACCGGGUCUGGAUCAGUGAUACUGAAGGCAAUCUCAUCUUAACUAACACGAGAGGUGACAUUCUAGAUCAAGUGACAGGUUUAAGUCUAUAUGGUGGUGGAGUACAUACUGUGACACAAAAUGGUGAUGUGAUUUAUAUAGACAGUCAUGGUAACAUCAUUAAACGAUCUAAAGAUAAAGUCAAGACCACACUGAUACCAAACACAUCACCAUGGGUAUCAUACUGUGUCUACAGCUCCCCCUUCACUGGAGACCUGCUGGUCGGGAUACUUAAUACUGAUACAGAGACAGGCCAGGUAAACCGUUACAAUAACACAGGAGAACACAUACAGACCCUACAUCCCAACAACACAGGUCAGGAAGUGUAUAGAUAUCCUAGAUACAUCACAGAGAACCGCAAUGGAGAUGUUAUUGUGUCUGACUUACUCUGUGUAGUGGUGACAGACAGUAGAGGGAGAUAUCGCUUCUCCUACCCACGUCCUCCAUCAGGAUUACGACUAGAUCCACGUGGAAUCUGUACUGACGCGCUGUCACACAUCCUGCUGUGUGAUGAUAUAACCCACUCAGUACAUAUGAUUGAUAAAGAUGGUAACUACCUGACAGAGAUAGACAGAGAACAACACGGUAUAGACAUACCAUACAGCCUGAGUUAUGAUGACAUCACCCGCUCUGUCUGGGUUGGAUCAUACCUCAACAACACAGUGUACAUCUACAGACUUAUCUAUGGAGAUGACAAUCUGACUG